ACCCGCACCCGCACCCGCACCCGCUCCCGCACCCGCACCCACAACGACACACUACGACACCUGCAUCCAUAGCGCUCAGCCUCCCCGUUCGCCACCGCCGCCACCACCAUGUUCACAAUCCAGGAAAAGAUCGCCCUUCGCAAGAAGGCCGGGCUUAGCUGGGAGGAAUGGCACCGUGAGAAGGGGAAAGACGAGCCGAAGGCCUACACCGAGCCGUCGGACCAUUCGGAGAACUUGAUCCGGCAUCGGAAGAAGAUGCUGCGCGAGCACGCGCGCAAGCGCGAGCGCGAGCGCCGCCGCGAGGAGUCCCCCUCCGGGUCCUCUGCCUCCGAUGGCGACAGCGGGUCGGAGUCCGAGUCUGAGGACGAUCGCCGGAGCCGGCGGCGGCGGUCCUCCCGGCGUGAGCGCCGCCGCUCGCGCAGCCGCAGCGACAGUCGCGAUCGGCGGCGGUCGCGGCGGCGGUCGCGGCGACAUGAGCGCCGCCGCAGCCGGUCACAAUCGCCUCACGACGAGGCGGACAACCGGAGCCACAGCCCCGGGUCUCGGUCUCCGGUACGCGAUGACGACCGGCGGUCGGACCGGCGGUCGGACCGUCGGGACCGGAGCCGCGACCGCGAGAGCCGCAGUCGCCGCCGCGACCGGAGCCGCGACCGGAGCCGCGACCGCAAGCGCGACCGUAGUCGGGACCGGAGCCGCGAUCGCAAGCGCGAUCGGAGCCGUGGCCGCAGCCGCGAUCGGAGCCUCGAGGAGCCCCGGCGUGCUCAGAGCCCGGGGUCCAACCGCCGACCGGACCCUGAGGCUGGCGCUGAGAGCCGCGACUAGGCUGUCCCCUUCCUUCGCCUGACCUCGGCCCCAUGCAUCGCCCGAUGCGGGACCGAAGGAGGGGGAACAAAGGAGCAAGCCGCGCCCCUACAGGAUGAAUCAAAUACACGCCCUCCACCCGUGUGGGAAUAGGACGCGAUA